GUUUGAGCUGGGAUUCAGAAUCAUCUGACAGCAGAUGGGACAAAAGGCAGGGCCUGUUUCCAUUUCCCUGUUAGCUUUCUCCCACACAACACGUGGGUAAAGAUGGAGAAGGGACUCUUCUCUGUGUGAAGCUGUCUUCCACUUCUGUACGCUACACUUGAUAUGUGUCUUGUCCUGAUACGGGGAUCGUUUCUUCAGAGUAGACUCUGCUUCGGUGCUGAUGUUAAAUUUCUAAAGUGGAAUAUCUGCUCAGGUGGUGGCUGCUGUUGACAUCAACACCACAGCCAAUAAAAUCUACACACACAAUUUUCCAGACACCCCCCUCUGGAACAAGACCAUUGAGGGUAUACCACUUGAUGACUUCAAUAAAUUAUCUUUUGACAUGAUAAUGAUGAGCCCUCCUUGCCAGCCAUUUACCAGGUUAGGACUUCAGGGUGACGUUGCAGACCCCAGAUGUAAGAGCUUCCUCUUCAUCCUUGAACUCCUUCCACGGCUUUGCAAGCUGCCAAAAUAUAUCCUGCUGGAGAAUGUCAAAGGUUUUGAGAGUUCCUCAGCCAGGGACUGUUUGAUAAAAACCCUGAGUGGUUGUGGCUACACUUACCGGGAAUGCAUGAUUUCCCCGAGAAACGUGGGGGUUCCAAAUUCACGACUGCGUUAUUUCCUGGUGGCUAAAAUGUCUGCAGAAAAUUCAAGCAUCCAGACAAGUGCCAAGGGUUGUUCCUUUUCCCAUGUGAUGGACAGUGAGUUUCCUGAACGUUCCUCUGUCUUCAAAUCUAAAUGUCAGAAUACCGACCAGCCAUCAGAAGACAACCCCGGUGUUCAUGUCCUGUAUAAAUGCAAAACUCAAAUGGAUUGUCAAAAGAAGACUAAUCAGAACAAAAACCUAUCUGUUCAACAAAUACAAGACUACUUGGAACCUCAGAUGAAUAUAGACAUGGAACUUUAUCUCCUUAAACCUAAAACCCUGUUGCGGUAUGGCUCAAUUUUGGAUAUUGUUCAGCCCCACAGCCGGAGGUCUGUCUGCUUCACUAAAGGUUAUGGAAGGUAUGUGGAAGGAACUGGAUCAGUUCUACAGUGCUGCACGGAAAACGAGAUUAGUAGUGUCUUUACCAAUAUGGAUCAGUUGACUGAAGAGGAGAAGCUCCAGAAAAUGUUAAAAUUAAAUCUACGUUAUUUUACUCCGAGAGAAGUAGCCAACCUGAUGGGUUUCCCUCAGAGAUUCUCUUUUCCAGAGGAUAUCUCAAUCAUCCAGCAGUACAGAGUUUUGGGAAAUAGCCUCAAUGUUUUGGUUGUAGCCAGACUUCUACAACUGAUGGCAUCUGAGCAUUUUGGACAUUCUGAAGGAGAAGAGCAGUUCUCAGUCUUGGAAAAUGAGUAUCCGUGCUCUUAAUUCUGUCGCUGUGGAUGAAGAGUUGUGGAUAUAAAUGUUGAUCAAACAUCAUGAAACAGAAUUUACUUACAUAGCGCAUGCAAUUUUAUGGCAUCAGUGAAGUACCACUAUCAAAACUCCUACUUAUUUUAUUCUUGUAUACUGUAGUUGCACAGCUUUUUCUCAUUCUGUUUGUAAUACAUUCAGUUUUUUAAUGAUGCAAGCAAAGAAAAUCUCCAUCCACAUAAGCAGAAGGCACUGAAGUUGUCAUGCUAUGUCAUCACAUUGUUAUACCAUAAAUAAAAUAUCAGUGUAUUGUUUUGUGGGUUUUGUGUCAUAUUUGCAUAGCCAUUUAACAUCUGUGAAAACUGUAUAUGUAUUCUUAUUCCUUCAUUAUGAUUUCUUUAAGUAAAACCCAGUAAAACAUAUUUAAAUUUUUCUAAUUUCUUGCUAAUCAGAAUCAGUUUUAUUGGUUAAGUUUCUGUGCGCAAUGAAUUUGAUGCAUACUUAAUGCUCAGACAUUAAGUAAAGAUAUGCAAACAUUAGUGAAGCUGAAAUAAAGAUAAAAUAAGAUGUACUUAUAUGAAGUCCAAAAUAAGGUUAUUGUGUAAAAAUGCAAUAAUCAUUUCCAAUCAUCUUAGAAAGCUAAACUCAUUUGGUUUCUCAGAAAAUUAGAAUAUUUUGAAAAUCACAUUAAUUGAAACUCAUGGUGUCACACCCUCAUCAGCUAAUUAACUCAGAACACCUGCAAAGGUUUCCUGAACCUUUGAGUUUUCUCCUUCUGCCUCAGUCGCCGACACAAUCAUGGCAAAGACUGCUGACUUUAAAGAAGACCGUCAUCGACACCUUUCACUUGUGGUGGCAAUGAAGCUUCAUGAAUCAACGAACCUUUCCAGCCCUUUGUUUCGGCCAAAGGUUCAUUACUCCAUGCUUCGUUCAUUAGUCUCUAGUGAUAGUGUGUUAUAUAUUAUAUUAUUAUAUAUAUUGGAAAUAUUGUGAUGUUAUUGUCAAAUAUUUGUUAUUUGACUAAUUCAUCUUUAUAAUGUAUCUUUUCUUAUAUGCCUUUAUUGUUUAAUUUCAUCUUAGAAUUAAGGAUGUUUCUGUAUUGUUGAUUUACUCUGAGUCCUUUCUCAGAAGGCCUCACUGAAGGAAAGCAGUGACAACAGGUUUCUGCUGGGUUAUCUCUCGGCGGGAAGCAAGGCCUCUUUGACCUGCUAGAUUGCUAUAAAACUAUGACUGUGAAGAUGUACAACUUGCUCUGUUUAACCCUGUGUCUGGAACAAGACUAUCUAGUGCAAGAUACCUUGUUAGUGAAUGGUGAUGUAGCUACAUGUGAUGAAGUGUUACAGCGUUCUUUGUGAUUGGGGAUCCUAAAAACAAUAAAAAGAGAGGAGCAGGCAAAUGUGGUUUCAGAGCGGUAGGAGAUUGUAACUGAAAGCACAUCUCUGUCUGUUAUCGCGAGUAAGAAAGAA